UAUUUACGGGGUUAGACAAGUUUUAGCGGUAGCUACACCGAAUGGCCAUUGUCCUUUAAUUCAAUCAGGAGACAUUGUGCGCUGGAGGUGGGGCUACUCCGAGAUACAAUACACACCGCUCAUAUUUGUAUUUGGUUCGCCUAGAAAUCCGAAAGCUCGAGCGGGUGUGUGUAAGUGAACGCUUCGUGCUUUAUUUAGUUGUUUUGAAGCGACGGCGCUCUGUUCACUACGGUUUUAAUCAACGUUUGCAUGCUCUGUAUCCGGGAUUAGCUACAUUAGCCGAGCACUCAGCCGCGUCUGCUCUCAAACAUAAACACUCGUAGGAAACCUCUGCACUUAUUUCACGCCAUUUUAAAAGUAACGUGGACAAAAAAAAUAAUAAUAAAUGGCGCCUAAUAAACGAUUAAUGUCCCUCGCUCCAGCACACACGGGCGGAUUAAUAUCGUGUUGAUGUGCAGUGUGAUUAAUCAACAAUACUUGUUAGACGCCGUUUGGAGAUAAAGGAAGAAGGUAAAGCUGUGUGUGCUGCCUGUUUUGUUUUGGGUUUUUUUUUUCCCGACCAGGUGACGCUGGAAAAUGAGUGAUUCCGAGAAGCAGACUAUUUCUGUGAAGGAAAAGGACGGAGUGGAGAAGAGGGGACGUGGAAGACCGAGAAAACAUCCGAAGGAGUCCAGUGGAUCUCCGGUUCCGAAAAGGCCGAGAGGGCGGCCAAAGGGCAGCAAAAAUAAAGGACCUUCCAAGAAAAAAGCGGGAUCAUCUUCAGAAAAGAAGUUAAAGGGGAAGCCCAAGAAGGAGGAAAAGGAGGCAUCCCAGGAGUCCUCUGAGGAAGAAGAGGAGGAUGAAGAUGAGGAACAGUAACUACCUCGUCCUCGGCACUACCUCAUAAUGACACAGCCUGGCACCACUAAUCUACAGCCUCUAACAACAGGAUGUCGUCCGCUCAGCCACCUCUGUGGGACUGACAUAAUUAUCAUGUCUAUAACAAUCAGUUACAUGUUAAAAAGAAAAAAGUGGAAUAAUUUUAGAAUCUGUGAAUUAGGCUGCAUAUAAGUGUUUAGUCCAUUAAUGGUGCUUACUUGGUGCUUUUCUAUUUUUUUGUUUCGGUUUGCUUUUUAUGUACUUUGUGACGUGGAAGGUCAGGGGGCAUAUAGAAUUAGAAGAAGAAAUCUGUUCUGACUGUGUUGUGUAGUGGUCCUAUAGUUUUAGUGUAGGGCUUUCUGCUUAACUGCAGCUGAAUUUUUUUAUUUUAUUUUAUUUUUUAAAUUUUUUUUUUUUUAUAAAAACACCCCCUGCACUGACUAGAUUUUAUCUUAUUAGAUUGCCUUUAUUAUACAUGUUGAUGUGUGAAGGCUAGGUGAGUGUAUUUUGCAAGAUAAACAGAUAAACAUUUAGAUGAAUUUGAAUACACAAUUUUCAGUCUUUCUCACUCUGGUGUAAUAGUUGAGUAGCUGAUAUAGAUGUGUCUGAUUCUCAUUGCAAGUACAUUCCAGUAGCAAUUUUAACACACUUGUGACUAAUUUAUUGUGGACUGUUCCUCAUACAUCAUUUCGUUUCUUUUUAUUGACAGUCUUGCCUCUUUUUUAUGUAACUUUUACCAACAGGUAACUUUUCUAGGUCAAAGAAAAGUACACACGGGCAGACAAGUCUUUAUCUCUGGUCAGCAUUAAACAAAAGAAGAUACUUCUUUACAGUUGUACAUUUAAGGAUCCACCCGAAUACUUCUGGGAGUUUACAGAGAACACCUGUGAAAUAAUGCACACUUGAGCAGCUAUACCUCAGUACCGUGGCUUGUGCUUGUAACAGGUUUGCAUAUAUUGUCCGAUCAGAUGACAUGAGACUGUCAUUUGGAUUACUUUAGAAUAGUCGGAAUAGCUUUUUACUCUGCAUCACCCAUCCCAUCUGUCCACAUUCUCUGAACCAUAGCAACAAUAUGCAUCAGCCACCUCAGGAAUUACAGUACAGGCGACCGACCAAGUAGUGUUCAGAUAUCACUGAUAACUUCUGUAUAGAAGGUGUUCAUCAUUUCUGUGGAAAACAACCUUUGCUCUGUACCUAUUUUUAACGCAGCUGAGGAAUUGUCUACAAGCUCUUUUAGGCUUAUACCACGUUUGUUGAUGCCGCAAAUACCUAUUUAUUUCACGUUUAAUUGAGAAUUCAGUUGUAUCUGUGUAGCAUGUUGUGUUGUUAAUAAAGUAUACUUUCUCA